AUGGGUGAUCGAUUAGAAGUGACAGAAGAUUCAGAUUAUGACUACGAAAGAGAAUCGGACGAUUCCGGAGAAGAGGGUCCGGAAGCGGCGCGGCAAAGUCGCGAAGACACAAUCGCUUUUCAAAACGCGCCAAACGCGUUGCGGCAGAAGCGGAAAAUUGUGAAGAAAUUGACGCGGAAAGAGCAGAGUAUGAAGAGAAGUUUGAAAGAGUAUCGAGUGAAAUUGGCACUUGUCAAACCAGAUAUUAUUACCGAUAGAGAAAAGGAGCGAAAUUUGAGGAAACUUGCCACUAAGUGAGGGUUUUUGGGGGGAUUUUGGGUGAAAAAUUGAAGGAAAAUGCGGUUUUUUGAGCUCUGGAGCUGAAAAAUUCAUUGAAAACUGAGUUUUUUUGCUCUACACCUAGAUUUUGAGCUCUGGAGCUGAAAAAAUCACUGGAAAUGUAAUUUGUGAGCUCUGGAGCUAGAUUUUCAGCCUUGGAGCUGAAAAAUUCACGGAAAAUAUGAUUUUUGAACUCUAAAGCUGAAUUUUGAGCUCCAAAGUUAGAAAAUAUGUUCUGGAACUCAAAAAUUCACUAAAAAUUGAGUUUUCGAGCUCUGAAGCUGGAUUUUCAGCUCCAGAUCCGAUUCCUCGAGCAAAAAAUUUCGAAAAAAAACUUGCGACGAAAAUGAGAAGCCGAAUCUAUGGGUUUUCUGCGAAGGGAAAACACUUGAGAAUAAUUUAUUUUUUUAUUUUCCGUUUUUUUUUCCGAAAAGUCAUCUGCUGUUUUUUUUUGCAGCCAGAUUUACGGCUGGGGAAAAAUAUGUGUGAAAUUAUCGCUUUUUAGUGGUUUUUUUUGCAUGAAAAUUAUAUUCGAAGGGGUUUUUGAGCUCUGAAGCUGAAAAGCGAGAAAGAAAUGCUAAAAAUCCAAUUUUUGAGCACUACACUUUGAAAAUUGGCUCAAUUUUUUUGAAAUUUUAUACUUUUCGAGCUUAUAAUGCUAAUUUUUGAGUCAUAGAGCUCAAAAAAUCAAAAAAAAAUGUUUUUGAACUUGGGAACUUCGAAAUUUGCUCAAAAAUCAGUUCUGGAGCCAAUUUCGAUGGUCCUUAGAUGAAAAUCAUGCUCGAGAAGCUAAAUAUAAGCUUUAGAGCUCAUAGAGCUCCAAAAUUCCAUUUUUCAUAGUCCCAGAGCUCAAAAUGAGCUUUGAAACCUAGUUUCAUGCUCCUAGAGUCGAAAUUAUGCUCCCGGAGCUCAUUUUUAGCUCAACAUGCUCCAAAAUUCACCAAAAAUCCAAUUUUAAUGGUCCUAGAGUCAAAAUUGAGCUCUGGAGCUCAUUUUUAGCUCCCAGAACUGCAAAAUUCAUCAAAAAUCCAAUUUUCAUGGUCCCAAGAUCAAAAUUCAGCUCCCAGAGCUCCAAAAUGCACCAAAACCCCUGAUUUCUUUGCAGAGGAGUGGUUCAAUUGUUCAACGCCGUCUCGGAUCGUCAAAAAACCAUGUCGGACGCGGUCAAGGAGAAAAUGACGGCUCGCGAGCGAAAAGAGGCCCGAUCCCGGUUUGACGGCAAAAAUUUCGAUGUCAACAAAUUCGGUGAUGAAUAUGGUUUUGGCGCGAAAACCGUGAGUACUGUAGGGGUUUUGGCGGGAAAAAAACAUUGAAAACUGUGCGGUGAAAUUGCAAAAAAAAAGUUUUUUGCACUUUUGCGGCACAGUUUUUCUGAAGCAAAUUUUGAUACCAAAAAUUCUCUUUAAAAAACUGUGCGGCGGAAUUGCAAGAAAAAUUGUUCUGCAAUUUCGCCGCAUGGUUUUUCUUAUGAAAAAUUACAUUAAAAACUGUGCGGCGAAAUUGCAAGAAAAUUUGUUCUGCAAUUUUGCGGCAUGGUUUUUCUGCUCAAAUUUUUCCAAGUUAUCAUAAAUUACAAUAACAAAAAUGAGAAAAUGAAAAUUUUACGACGUUUUUUCACUGGAAAAAUGAAAAGAAAACUCAUUUUAUUUAUGAUGAGUCUUCGGAGGAAAAAGAAAAAAAGAGUAAAAAACAACAAAAUAAAAAUAAUAAUCUCUUUGUUCGCUCAGAACGAAAAAAGGGAACUUUUUUUGAGCCGGGAAAAUUGAGCCAAAAACUAGGGGAAAAUUGAGCCUGAAAAGCCUGAAAUCGGGCCUAAAGGUAGGCUUGAAAAUGAGCCUGAAUCCCAUAGUUUUUGGGCCUAAAAUGAGCCCAAACAAGCCUCCCUUUGGGCCUGAAAAUUAGGCUGAAUUUCUGAAUUUUCGGGCCCCAAUUUUGAGCCUGAAAUUGAGCCUAGAUUUUCGGGCCUAUUUCUGAGCCUAAAAUCCCUGAAAAUCAACCUAAAUCUUGGGCCUAAGCAAGUCCAAUUUCAGGCCUGAAAGGGCCUAGAAACCUGAAUUUUUGGCCUACCUUUAGCCCUGAAAAUGAGCACAAAUCCCUAAAUUUUGGGCCAAAAAACUGGGCUUGAAAUUCAGUUCAAAUCCCUAGUUUUCGGGCCGAAGCCUAAGCCUAAACUAGGCCUUUAAAAAUUCCAUUUUUUCUUGCAGGAAGUCAAAAACGAGUCUGGAAAUCAAGAGGAAAUGGAAGAGGACCAGGAUUUUGGCGACGAAAUUGAUGCGCAAAAUUUCAGCGACGAAGACUAG